CUAGGCGAGUGGCUCCAGCAGAUCCCAGGAAUAACACUCGAGAUCUCUGUCCAGAAGAGUGCAGUCCUAGGAACAGCAAAUAUAUUGCGCAGGACCAUCUACCAGAGCUCCCAGGCCUCUGGUAGAGGACCUGAAUUUGAAGGAUAAAGACCAAGAGUGCGGAUGUUAUUUUAUAGAUAUUAUUUUGUUGUUAUCCAUCUCAGUGUGUUUUCCUCUGAAAGUAUUGUUGUCACAAGAGGAUCUGAACUUAAAGACCGCUCCCAGGGGCGAGAGGGGAAUUUCUUCUAUACUAGCUUCUAGUUUUGCUUGACAGUGUGUAGAAUAAACCUGAUGGCACAAGCUCCUAGAGAACUUAAUUAACCGAACGAUUUUUAGGGCAGUGAGCAAAACCAAAGCUAGCUGAGCCCGAAGUAGCUGGAAACCUGUGUGCUUAUUCCAAUAAACAUAGCAAUAUUUUCUCAGUAUGUUUUAUUUCAUAAAUUGAUUUAUUGCGAGCAACAGAACUGUUAUCAGGGUUAGAUAACAGAGAUUUACAGAAAAAUACUUUUGGUGACAAAUCAUUUAUAAAGGUGUGUUGGUUUGACACACGCUCAGGGAAGAACCGCCUUAUUUACUGAGGAUUUCUGGGAUUUCAGCAAGUACCCUCUGCCCCGGUUAGCGUAACUUUAAAAGGUUGUCAGUUUUGGUUUUGCCCCGUUGUUGCUAGGGUUGUACAGUUUAGCAAAGACACAUAUGACCCCAGCAAUGGUAAACACUGUAUACCAGUGCAGCCUGGGAAUGGCUCCCAGUCUUUGUCACACUUAACUGCAAAUUGCCCAAAGGCCCCCAUUUCCCUGUGUGUGGUUUAGCCACUGAAAUAUGUGGGGUGACCAGUCCUUUGUAAAAUGGUUUAUCAGGUUCGCCAAGUUUGUAGGUUGAGACCACAUGACCUGUUUCAACCCAAUAAAAAUGUUUGAGCAGCAAUGUUGUGGAUUUUUUUGUCAAAAUUUGCCUUUCAUACAUUGUGUCAGGCCCCAGUGAGUUUUAUAAUACAUGGUGCAUGCAUUCCUGUCUCUGUAGGUACAGGAGCAAUUUGCAAUUUUGCCAUUUAGUCCUGCCUGAGGAGGUUUAUGGCGCACAACUGCAAACACACCACCUUGUUUUUAUUGGGUUUUUUUUUUCCUUUCAGUGCAGUCUCACGCUCAGUGUGCAACCCUGCUGCAGUUGUAUCAGUUUCCACCGCUAUCCUUGCUUUGUCCUGACCUGCCUCUGUCUCUGAUUUUUCUGUUUGACAUCUAAAAAAAUGGACGGGGGAGGUGAAAAUGUUGGCUUGACCGAGCAGAUGGCGUGUGUGUGGCUGUGUCAACUGAGAAAUAAAUGCAAUGGGGGAGGAGCUGUUGGUUCCUCUGUUGUUAACAGGGGUGCUGCAGCUUUUUUAACCAGUUCUUCUCCCGCCUGAUGUUUCAGGUUUCAUGUUUCGGCUUUCGAGUUCCAUGCUCCUAGUGUUUAGUGUCUAGCAUUUAGUUUUGCCUAACAGUUUCAUACAAACAAUCAUGACACUUCUAUGCUGAAAACCACUUUCUCCAGUCCUUUAGAUAGAAAUUGAAGGGUAGAGAUUAGUCAGAGCUUUGAAGGAUCUGUCUUACUAUUGUAUGUUUAAAGUAGACUGGCACUGUCCCUGUGAAUAAUUUUUGUUUUUAAAUCAACUUUCAUUUGCUUGAGAAACCUAUUUAAAAAUAUGAGAUCUCAUUUGUUUUGCUUUUGCAGUGGGGCAAUAUGUACUCAAACUGGUAGGAAUGCACAGCAUGUUAAGUCAUGUUGUGCCUAAACACGCACAAACACUAAAAGCAUAUCCACAGAUAAUCAAGAGUUGUCAGGACAUGACAUCAGAGCAGAAACUGUCUAAGGGUGCUCACAGCGUGUCAUGACCCAUUUGUGCAACACAAACCACACAGGCAGAUCAACACGAAGAGCUCAUUUGCCAACUUCUGCAUUUACAUAAGUUACUGAAGUUGAUCAAAUAAUCCAUUCUUCACCUCCCGAAAAUGUCAGAGCUCCCCAUUUCCAAAGGUGAAAGGACUCCGUGGAUAAAAUUUAGAAGAUGCUUGUGGUAUGUGGCGGCUUUGAUCAUGGUCGGGACUUUAGUGAUCUACAGCUCCGUUUUCCAAGAAUCAUGGUCUUUAAACCCAAGGACAUCCACCCCAAACUCAAGUACCUCUCACGACAGUGUACCUCCUCUAGUUGACGAGUACACUGUGGCGUACCCACACGAGUACCAUUUCAUAUUGGAUGAACUGAACAGAUGUCGGGAGGAAAGCCCAUUCCUGGUUCUAAUGAUCCCGGUUGCACCCCACAACAGAGAGGCUCGUCACAUGAUCCGCAGCACGUGGGGGAAUGUAACAACGGUGCAGGGCAAAGUGGUCAGCCACUACUUCAUACUGGGACAGUCCAGAGAGGAAAAUGGAGCAGAGACCAUUGAAGAACAACUGUUACGUGAAAGCCGGGACCAUCGUGACAUUCUCCAGAGUGACUUCUUGGACAGCUACCAUAACCUCACCAUCAAAACAAUGCUUAUGUUUGAAUGGCUCAGCACCCAUUGCCCCCAGACCUCCUAUGCCAUGAAGAUUGAUAGCGACACGUUCCUCAAUGUGCACAACCUUGUCGGGAUGCUUUUAAAGGCCCCUCAACAUCUGUACUUGACAGGAAACGUGGUAAGGUUUGCUCCUGUUCUUCGAGACCAAAACUCUAAAUGGUUUUUGCCGUUUUCCACCUUCCCCGAGUCAGUCUAUCCAACUUACGCCAUUGGACUGGGCUAUGUGUUCUCUCUGGAUUUAACCAGGAAGAUACUGGAGGCUGCUCAGCAUGUCAGAGCUCUUUACAUUGAAGAUGUGUAUGUGGGACUGUGCAUGAAACAUCUGGGUAUUCCACUGACAGAUCCUCCUCGUAAUGAUAUCUUUAUGAUUUGGAAGCCAUCAGACACGGGCAACUGUUACUGGACUUCUGUCAUAACAACAUUGCUGCACAGCUCUAACCAGCUUUUGGACGUAUGGAAAUCUUAUCAAAUUCAAGCACAAAGUGGAUGUUAAACACCUGCUUCUUACUACAGUGCGAUGAAGAGUUUUUCUAUUUCAAUCAUUUUAAUGAUUCAAUAUGAUCUUUAUGUCCGCUGUUAGCUUACUGGUCCACAAUGAAGAAUGUAAAUUUUACAAAAGUGCAGGGAGGGAUUAAGAUGUUUACACUGUCCCCAUUCAAUUACUCUGCACAUUUUGAUACAUGCUGAGGUUUUAUUCACCUCAUAAUUCUUUU